AUGGACAGAAUAGAGUUGGUUACGCAGCCGUCUAGCGAAAAGCUUACUGAAGAGCAAGUCAAGCAAAACACUCUUCACAAGCUUCAGCAUUUGGUGCAAGAGACCAAGGAGGACGAAAAGGGAAAGGAGGGGGAAAAGCAGACAAAGCUGCCAUCUCCCGAGGUCGACGCUGACGGAUUUGAGAUACCUCCGGGAAAGAUUCCGCUUGAUGGCAACUUUUCCACAAGCGAAGUAAAAGAAAUGAUAGAAUUGGCGCAGGAAGGUGGUAUUUUGGAUAGCGAUUUGGAUGUGAAGGUCGUUGAGAAGAGCGCUUUGGGGAACAAGGUUGUGGUUUCAGAAAAGGAGGAGGAAGACGAGAGGAAGAAGAAGCAGCACGAUGGAGAAACAGAGGAGAAGGAUGAAAACCAGGGGAAUGGAGAAAUCGAGGAAGAAAAAGAAGAGUAA